ACUGAUCAAGGCUUUCCUGCCCCCGCGAUCGACUCAUUUGGAUUUGAGACCGAUCUGAGAACACACACACAGGGCCAGGCGUUUUGUCUCUCGGUCUUCCAUCACUGGCAGAUCGUACCUGGUGACCCCCUGGACAAGUCCAUCAUCAUCAGGCCCCUGGAACCACAGCCCGCAACGCAUCUCGCCCGGGAGUUCAUGAUCAAGACGAGGAGACGCAAGGGUCUGAGCGAGGAUGUAUCCAUCAACAAGUUCUUCGACGACCCUAUGUUGCUGGAGUUGGCCAAACAGGACGUGAUGCUCAACUACCCCAUGUAGACUCGUCUCUCCCAUCUCACAGUGUGUGCACAGCCUCAGAAAAUUGACGUUUUAAUACUGGUCCAGAAGACUAUUGGAAACUUUUCAUAGAAGAUAACAGAAAAUGAAUUAAGAUGAAGAGGCCAGAUUCAAGAUAGUAUGCCUGAUGUGUGAGGGCAGCAAAUCUGUGUUUUUCAAGAAUCGUUAGUGACUGUCUACAGCUAAAGUGUUGCUUUACCUUGAGGUAGCCGUAACGUAACCUUAGGCAAGUCAACAUCAGUGUUCAAAAUUUACGCUGGUCCUCUGGUCCCUGGCUAGUAAAGAUUCAUCAGGACCACUAAAUAAUAAAUUUGCAGUGGUCCUGGUGGCCAGUGAAUUUUUAAAGUAAAUAUACGAAUGUUAUUUUGGACCAGUGAAGUACAGAUAGGACCACUAAUUAUUGUCCACUCACUGGUCAUGUGGUCAAGUGGGAAAUUUUUUAAGGUUUCUUUCCCAGAACAUCCACAUCAACAGCAAGACCUUGAUUGGGACAUCUUCCAGGAAGGCUCCACACCUUUCCAUGAAUACUGUAAUGCCAGACACACAGUUUGGAAAUUUACUGCCCAACGUUCCAUAGGGAUAGCAUAUGUUUAAGAUGAAUGUCACUUAUUUUUUGGAGAUAUUGCCUUUUCAAUAGUAGUCAUGGAACGAACAACUUUCAGCUUGAUUUCAAGUUAAAAUAUCUAUGAAUGCAUACAAUAACAGAGGGGCAGAGGGAUGCUGCCUAAUGGUUAAAAUGUCCUCCUCAUCACGCCAAAGACCCGGGCUCGAUUCCCCACAUGGGUACAAGCCCAUUUCUGGUGUUCCCCGCAGUUAUAUUGCUGGAAUAUUGCUGAAAGCAGCGUGAAACCAGCAAGCAUAAAAAUAGUACAUGUCUCAGUGUUGAUCAGAGUUUCACAAUGUCCCUAUGGAGUGUUGAGCUGUAUAGUUUAAUUGUAUCAUUGAUUGUUACAUAGCUGACAUGGAGUUCUGAACCUCAAGUCACUUCAGAUAUUGAAAUCAUGAAAACUUGGAAUAUAUUGACUUAUUAUAUACAUUAAUGUGCAGGCUGUAACACUUUGUGACCAAGGACAUUGAACACUAAGCACUGUCUUGUGUUAUUUGUACAUAGCUUGUGUAUAUUACCUCCGUCAUUCACAUCUGUGAAUAAAUCAUCAAUGGUCAUUUUCUAUUGGUAUAGACUUUCAGAAUAAGACAUUUUGUGGAAUGUUCACUAUGAAUCAUAAGGAACCGAUGAGACAGAUUCAUUCCCAUUUUUGUUUCAGUCAACUAUGAAGGUGUAUGAUAUGUAAAAUACAUGAAACAAUAAAUAACAUGAAAAUUG